AUGACUGCUAUGGCAUCUCUCUCUGCGACUUCCGAGUUGAAGGUGCUGGACAGGGAGAAAUGUGUGCAUGGAGGGUUGGACGGAUCCGAGGUCGUGCCUGUUAGCUCUCUCGAAUCCGAGGGGCGGAGUGCGCUCGAUGCAGAGACUGCAGGUGUCUCUCCAGUGGUCUUGAAGUACGAUGGAGGGAUGGAUGCAUGGUUCGCCGGAGGAUGGUUGGCGAUGUUCUGUGUGAUAGGUCUGGGCCCUGCAUCGUUCGGUACAAUGGAGAACUUCUACGUGCAACAUUACCUGCCGAAUUCUACUCCGUCUAGUAUAAACUGGAUUGGCUCGCUUCAGCUGGGAUUUCAAAGUUUGGUGGGUGUGCUUGUAGCAGGAGUAUUUGAUUCUGGCCAUUUCCGGUGGCUUUCCCUGCCUGGUUAUGUUCUGUUCUUGCUCUCACUCUUCAUGCUUUCAUUGGCGAAAGAAAACAUGUUUUAUCAAGUAUUCCUAUCGCAGGGUGUGGGACUCGGCCUUGCGAUAGGUAUAAUAUACACCCCCAUCUCGUCAGCUGUAUCACAGCAUUUCAUCGAACGACGUGGUCUAGCAAUGGGGAUUAUAACCACUGGAACCGCACUCGGAGGCACAUUCUUCUCGAUCGUCCUUGAGAAAUUCCUGAAUGGGCCCAUCGGGUUCGCAUGGGGUGUGCGCAUAUGCGGAUUUAUCAGCCUCGCAUGCCUCGCUCUGGCAAAUAUGCUCAUCAAAACCAACUAUCCGCCACCGGAGAUCAACUCUGGCUCUGCGGACACACACAUUGCCCAGGCUAGUACGCCACCCGGGCCUGCCACCACCGUCCAGGAGAGCGGCAUGCCUCUACUACGCCAGCUCGUGCGCACCCCAUCGUACCUCGUGUUCAUCAUAUUCGGCUUCGUCGGCUCUCUCGCGCUGUACAACCCCAUAUUCUCCAUCGAACUCUUCGCGCUGCGCGAAGCACACGUAUCCACAUCCCUAGGCGGGUACCUGCUCGCGAUCCUGAACACGAGCAGCAUUUUCGGCAGGCUGUUUUUCAACCAGAUGGCAGAUUGGUAUGGCGUGUUCGAGGUGUUUAUUCCUUGUAUGGCGGCUACAGCGGUGUCACUGUACUUUCCUGCGGUGCUCUCCCUGGACCAAGACGUGUCGCGCUCAGGCCUGCGCCUCGGGCUGGCAUCUGUUCCCGUAGGACUGGCGAGUCUGAUUGGCACGCCUAUUGCCGCGGCUCUUGUAGGCCGUGAUCGCUGGUGGGCUGGGUGUGUGUUCACUGGGGUGUUGGAGCUGUUUGGCGCUUUUUUGCUUCUGAUAGUUUUUUUAAUGAAUUCAAGUGUGAGACGGCAAGGAGAGCGACAACGACAAUGGAGGACAAGGAGGUAG